AUGUCAACAACGAAGAAGUCAAGUGAUCAGGGAAAUGUUAAAGCUUGCGGAGCCAAUACUCAAGGUCUUCAUAUCCAGCGAACCCUCUUCACUGUCUCUAGGCCAGUGACUUCUCCUUCUAGCGCACCGCCAAGGCACAGAGUUCACCAGUUAGAUGUGAAUCUGCGUUUCCAAAUCGUCGCGUUAAAAGUGGUAGGAAAGUGGUCCUAUGGUCAAAUUCAUAAGAAAUACCCCGAUAUACCACUGUCGACUAUCAGGUAUACCUGCCUCGAAUCGCGAAUUCGCAAUAAAGAACAGUCUUCGAAUCGAGCUAGACGCCUAAAGGUCUUGAACUAUAAUGCCCGCCAAAACGUGCUCCCGAAGAUUUACGAAGAUCCUCAAGUCUCGCACGAUGAUUUCCUCGCUAGCGUGAGUCAAAAGUGCAAGGCAAAUUCCAUCGCACGGUUACUCUCUGUUGAGGGUCUCCGAAAAUAG